AUGUCAACAAGUCCACUUGAAAAUGAAAAACCUAUUGAAACUCUCUUCCACGCAGAUGUCGGUGCAAGUAGCGCAAAAUCAUCAGCCAUAACUGCCAGUGGGACGAAUAAUUCAAAGCAUCCUGUUCACCUCAAGACCUUUUUGGCCAUUGCCUCCAUUGGCUUGAUCUAUUUUGCGCAACUAAUAACAUUAGUUGGAGCCGGCGCUCAAGGGCAUACCAUUGCUGCCCAUUUCAACGAUACCACCAACAUUAUAUGGCUUACCGCGCCCAUUGGCACCCUGACCGUUGUCCUCGGGCCCAUUGUCUCGCAGGCGGCUGACUACUGGGGUCGGAAAUGGUUCCUGGUCGUCUGUACCAUGUUUGGCGCCGUGGGCAGCACCGUUAUCGCGCGCGCCACAUCCAUGAGCAUGUUGAUAGCAGGCUUCACCAUUAGUGGAGUGGCCUUUGGAGCUCAGCCUUUACUGCACACCGUCACCUCUGAGAUAUUGCCACGGCGAUGGAGAGGCUGGGGCCAGGCUGUCGACUCCAUCUCCAACAGCCUCGGGGCGAUAUUUGGGCUUCUAUUUGGUGGCGCCUUGAACAGAAGUGGUGAUCCGGCGUCGAAUGGUUUCAGAUCCUACUUUCUAGUCAACAUGGCAUGGUACGUGGCUGCGGCGGUCUUGUGCUUGCUUGUGUAUAACCCGCCCCCUCGGGAGAAGCAGAGGCAGUUCACAACGAAAGAAAAGUUGGCCAAGCUCGACUGGAUCGGAUACUUCUUCCUGACUACAGGUCUUGUUCUAUUUUCUGUUGGACUCUCAUACUCAAAGAACCCGUACGAAUGGACCGACCCUCGAGUGUCUGCCACGUUUGCCGUCGGUCUUGGCCUGUUUCUGUGUCUGACUACGUACGAAAUCCUUUUCAAAAAGGACGGCAUGUUCCAUCACGGUCUUUUUACAGGCAACAGAAACUUUACCAUUAGCCUUAUUGCGGUGGCAUGUGACGGGAUCGCCUUCUUCGCGGCCAACACCUACUUUGCCUUCCAGGUCAGCUUAUUUUACGAAAAGGACGCACUGCUCGUCGGUGUGCGCUACAGCAUCGUCCUGAUCGCGAGCUGCGUGGGGGCCUUUGUGACGGGCUGGUACUGCGCGGCAGCGCGCCGCAUCCGCUGGGUGACGGUUGCGGCUUUUGUCGUCUUCUUGAUAUUCUUCAUCUGCAUGGCCACGUCCAGCGCGUCCUCGGGCAAGGCGGUCUGGUUCUUCCCCGUGCUCAUGGGUACGGCGCUGGGUAUGACGUUGACUUCCCUCAUCACGGCGGCUCAGCUUUCUACGCCGCCCGAACUCAUUGCUGUGGCAAGCGGUCUCAUUAUUAGUGUUCGCUCGCUCGGCGGAACCGUCGCCUUGGCCAUUUUCAAUGCCCUGUUUCUCGACGAAACCAGCCAUCUCGGGGAAAAUAUUGCUGCCGCUGCCGUAUCGGCCGGUCUACCCCCAGAGGAUGCCGGCCAGCUCGUCACGGCAUUGACCAUGCAGAACGAGACUGCGUUGGCGUCGAUGCCCGGUGCCACCCCUGAAAUCAUCAGCACCGGAGCAGACGCACUAUUCGCAACAUAUCUUACGGCUUUCCGACAUGUGUGGAUCGCUGCAGCUUGCUUUGUAGCUGUAGCUGCUGUCGUCGCAACCUUUCUAUUUGAUCCCAAGCAGGAGUUCAAUAUGCGAAUCGAUGCGCCUAUAGAAAAGCAAGCCCCGGACAAUCUCGUCGAAGGCGGCAUAUGA